UUCUUUUCUGGAAAGAAAAGCAGGAUCUUAAGAAAUGCUUUCUAAAACGGAAGGUGAUGCUUCGUCGUCUGGUCUUCUUUGCUUAGAAAAUGAGACCUUUUUGAAAGAAAAGGUAGAGUCAGUUGACGAGAACUACAUUGCUGACUACCAUGAAGAGUGUCUGCAGAUGUUAUUUGAUAGAGAAAUGAGCUUUGGGUUUAAAAAAAGUGAACCUUUGGUGCUUUGCAACUACCUCAAACAUGUUCGUUCGGAAGCUAUAACGUGGAUCCUGAAAGCAAGAGCAGCAUUUGGGUUUCGUUUCCAAACAGCUUAUUUAUCUAUGAUUUAUUUUGAUCGAUUCCUUUUCAGAUAUUCCAUUGAUAGUGAAAAAUCAUGGGCAAUGCGGUUAUUGUCUAUAGCAUGCCUUUCAUUGGCUGCAAAAAUGGAGGAGAUGGAAGUUCCUGCACUUUCAGAGUUUCAAAUAGAAGGAUUCAACUUCGAGACCAAAACUAUUCAGAGAAUGGAGCUUUUAGUAUUAAAUACUUUGGAAUGGAGAAUGAGUUUAGUCACCCCAUUUGCCUUUCUUCAUUUUUUCAUUACGGAAAUGUGCAAAUCAUCACCACCAGAUAUGAAAGUGAUUAUACAUCUCAUUUUGUUUACAAUGAAAGAGGUCAAUGUAAUGGAACACCGACCUUCUGUUGUUGCUGUUGCCGCUAUACUGAGAGCAUUGAAUCAAAGAUUAUCAAGGAAAGCAUGGGAGUGCAGGAUGAAUUCUGUUUCUUUUUCUGGAUUUCUUGAAAUUGAAGAUGUGUUUACAUGCUACAAUUUGAUGCAGAAAGUAGAGAUGGGAAAAUCUAAUAUGCAAAAAACUGUAAAUUUGCCAGACUUAUCAUCAACCAGGGUAACCGAUCCCUUGGCCGAUUCUUCAACUUCUGCCAAAUGA